AUGGCACUUCGGGUUGCGCGAACGCUCGCAAGGAUUUCAUGCACCUUAUACGCCCUCUUCACCAUCGCUGGCGCCGUUCCGAACGCGGCCUUCCCAUUCAAUUCGCAAGUCCCGGCGGUUGCACGCGUUGGCCAGCAAUACAGCUUUCGAAUCUCGGACUCGACGUUCGCGCCGGAUCCCACAGCCUAUGUGUAUACGAUCUCGAAUCAGCCAGCAUGGCUCACGAUUGAUAGCUCGACAAGGACGCUGCAAGGCACGCCAGGAGCAAGCGAUGCUGGCUCGACAACCUUCGUUCUGACCGCAGCCGACAGCUCUGGUAAUGCUCAAAUGUCAUGCACAUUGGUCGUCUCUGCAGAUCCUGCACCACAACCUUUAGGAGACAUUAUCACCAAACAACUUUCCGCCACUGCAAAUCUAUCCAGUAGCCAGCCUCCGACCCUCACCCUUCUACCCUCCACGCGCUUCACAUUCGACUUUGGUCAGGAUUCCUUUAUAGAUGUCCUACAGCGGAAACUCUACUAUUAUGCUACACUGGACGAUCAUACUCCUUUGCCCUCCUGGAUGAAAUUUGACCCGGACUUGCUCACCUUCUCUGGGACAGCGCCCGAUCUCGCUUCUUUCCCACAGUCUUGGGUGAUCAGUCUGAUCGCAUCAGAUGUGCCUGGCUUCUCCGCGAACUCGGCCUCCUUCACCAUGACCAUUGGCACGCAACAAUUAGUGUUCGUGCCGGAAGAGCAGGAGCUGAGCAUUACAGCUAGAAAACUUGUCAAUAUCACAGUAUUGCAAAACGAGCUCUUCAGAAACAACGUGAAUCUUGAUUCAGGAGAACUGAAGAGUGCAGAGGCAGAUAUACCUUCCUGGUUGACAUUUGACCCUUCAACGCUCGCCAUUGAGGGUACAGCACCUGCAAAUUUCCAAGCAGAGAACGUCACAAUCACAGUCACGGAUAAGCUUGGAAAUGCAGCGACCGCCAUAAUCACUCUUGUGCCUGGUGACUCGUCGAUGUUCCACGGACAGAUUGGGACACUCUCUGCGCAGGCCGGUAAGAAGUUUGAAUAUCACUUCGAUGACUCGCUCUUCACUCAGAAGGAUCUCAAUCUGAGCGUGCAUGUGCCUUCCACCGCCAGCUGGCUCACCUACGACGCCACGACUCAAGAUUUGACUGGCAUUCCGCCCACAAAAUCUCAGGCUUCUACUGUUCGUGCAACUCUGGUCGCGAAGAGUGCAAGCGAUCAGCAGGGACAGGCUCAGUCAUUUAUCAUCCGCAUCAAAGCCGCCACCACAGUUUCAAUCGCCUCGAAGAUUCCUCCAGACGUGGAAAAAGAUGCUGGCCUCGAUCGUGUCGACUCACACUUGGAACCACCAACGCCACUAAGGGCGUUCGACCCACCGCCUCAGAUAGUGUUGGAUGGCAUUCCGGAGCGUCGCUCACGAUUCCUCAAACGCUUCUCGCCGAGCAUGACGCUCGAUCCCAAACGAAAGAGUAUACGCAUGGUAGGGCGCAGCGACAGCAUACGUGCCCCUGGCGAUGACAGCAGACCCGACAACCGACCUCUCGACAAGAAGCGUGAGAGUUUUAUCAGAAAUCGCCACCGAAGCGGACACAUGCAGAGUCCUCUCUUCUCCUCACACGGCAGUCGCUCCGGCUCGGCCAGCCUACAACGCAACGGCUCGCAGUCCAUCGAAGCCAGUUUGGCAGGAAGCGUGCGUCGUGCGAAAAGAGGCACACCGUCUGGCUGGGGAAGCAAAAGUGCAUUGCCCAGCCAAAAUACCCUUUUAACCAAAUACUCCGAAUCCUCUUCCCUCGAACCUCACGGACACAUGGACUCUCCGCAUCGUGAUUCUCGCCGCUUCAGUCAACGACUUCGAAAUACUUUCGUGCCGGGAUUCCCUCGUGCUAUCACCCGCUCUACCCUCUUCGACAACCAUGACGACGACCGCAUCGACGAAGACGACGGGGAUAGUCCUCGUCAUAGUAAUCAUCAUCAUCACCAUCAUCACCACCACACCAACAACAGCAGCAUCUGGACCACCAGCGCCAGCAACAACACCUCCCCUAGCGAUGGCUGGCUGGUCGAAGAACUCAGCAAACCCCGUGCAGAACGCGACUGGGUUCUUCCGGACGAAUCUAGCCCGAUUGUUCUCACAGCUGCUCCACCGCCUAGUCUUGCACCUACGAGCAGAGCGUCUACGCCUCUUGAAGGAGCUGAAAGUGCCAAGUCGGGACAGAAUUGGAGAAGAAGUAGAAGAAGAAGCCGCGCGGACGAACGGGAUAUUUCUACUUCUUCUCCUUUAUCACAGCCUCGUCAUCCUCAUCCUCCUCUCCAAUCUAUCAACGCUUCUUCGGCUAUUUCUGCUGAUACAACAGCCGGAAGUGAACGAGACAAACGAGGACAAGAACAAGAACAACGACAAGGAUAUUCUCUCUGGGUCACCGACGGCGAAAGCGAAAGCGAAAGCGAUGAAGAAGAAGAUGAACAAGAAAAACUCCACGGCGCAGGACUAAUUCCUCCUUUGGGGGGAAGUUAUCAUGAUGAUGAAAGUGAAAGAUCAACAGGAAAAGGAGAUACGGCGAGGAGUGAUUGGACGGGGAGAGCGUUUUUGUAA